AUGUAUUAUGGAGAUGAUUACUUCUACAACAUGACUUCCUUUGGAAACUACUCCAAUGAGAACGUUCCUGAGGAUUCUGGGACCCAACUGCCAACAUCUGCCACCUUGCCCAUCUUUGUCUACGCCCUCACUUUCCUGUUGGGUGUCCCUGGCAACGGGGCCGUCAUCUGGGUGACAGGCUUCAAGAUGAAGCGGAGCGUCAACACGGUGUGGUUCCUGAACCUGGCUGUGGCAGACCUGACCUACUGCCUCAGCCUCCCCUUCCAGAUGGCUAACGUUGCCCUGGGAAACUCCUGGCCCACAGACAACGUCCUCUGUAAGCUCAUUCCCUCGGCCAUCGUCCUCAACAUGUACGCCAGUGUCUUCCUAUUGACCAUGAUCAGCGUCGACCGCUGCCUGGCCGUCACUAGGCCCAUUUGGUCCCAGACUCACCGGUCCCUGUCUUGGGUGCAUGCGGUCUGCCUUGUGGCCUGGGGCCUCACCUUCCUCAUGUGCCUGCCCACUCUGCUGACACGGAAGAUGUACAUAGUCCCUGAGUUCAACUUGACUUACUGCACCUUGAACUACACCGGGACUUAUUUUGGAGACCGGACCAGGGAGAUGGUGGGGGUGACACGGGCCCUCUUUGCCUUCAUCUUCCCCUUCCUCAUCAUGGCCUAG